AUGGCCAGCGAACGUCUCUCCAACGUGCUCUCGCACAUCUCCCCCUUCCAGAAGCCCGUGGACAAGAUCCUGCAGAAACAUGCCGACGAUGUUGUAAUCACCCUGGCCAUCCGCACGCCGCUCACCAAGGGCAAGAAGGGCGGGCUCAAGGACACGCCGCUGGAUGGCAUUGUCUUCAAGAUCUUGGAGGCGACGCUUAAGAAGAUGAACUUUGACCCUCAGCUGGUGGAGGAUGUAUGCUUGGGCAAUGUGUCCGAUGCCAAGGCGGCAUACUACGUGCGAGCGGCGCUGCUGGCCGCAGGCUUCCCCAACACCACCAGCGCAUCCUCCGUCAACCGCUUCUGUUCCUCGGGCUUGAAGGCGGUGCAGGACAUUGCGAACCAGAUCACCACCGGAUCCAUCGAAAUCGGCCUGGCGAUCGGUGCCGAGUCGAUGACGAUGGGUGGUGAUCGCCUCACCCGGCCCUUCGUCGACGAGAUCUUGAACGGAGCGCAAGACGCGGCCGACUGCAUGCAGCCCAUGGGCCAGACGUCGGAGAAUGUGGGCAACGACUUCAACAUCUCGCGAGAGCAGCAAGACCGCCUUGCCGCCGAGUCGUACCGGCGCGCGGAAGUGGCGCAGAAGGCCGGGUGGUUCGACGACGAGAUUGUGCCGAUUACGGUGAAGGUGGAUGGCAAGGACGUCACGCUCACCAAGGACGAAGGGCCGCGAUAUGGCACGACGUAUGAGAGCCUGAGCAAGAUCCGCCCCGCCUUCCCCGACUACGGCAACCGGAGCACGGGUGGCAACAGCAGCCAAGUGACGGAUGGCGCGGCGGCGGUGAUGUUGAUGAAGCGGUCGCGGGCGCAAGAGCUUGGCCUGCCCAUCCUCGCCAAGUACGUGGGUGCGACGGUGACGGGGCUCGCUCCUCGCAUCAUGGGCAUUGGGCCAUCUCUCGCCAUCCCCAAGCUGCUGGGCAAGUUCAAUCUCAGCCUCGACGACAUUGAUCUGGUGGAGCUGAACGAGGCGUUUGCGUCCAUGGCGGUCUACUGCCGCGACACGCUGGGUCUGGACUGGGAGAAGGUGAACACUCGAGGAGGGGCCAUUGCGCUCGGCCACCCACUUGGAGCCACUGGAGCGCGACAGAUUGUGACCGGACUCAGCGAGUGCCGCCGACGCAAGGCAAAGGUGCUGUUGACGUCGAUGUGCAUCGGCACGGGCAUGGGCAUGGCGGGGCUGUUUGUGAACGAGCAGGUGUAA